CCUUUACUCACAUCUGCGGCGUGGCUCUGCUAACUGUCCUCUCCGUCUGAUCCAGAGCCUUUUUACGCGCAAAUCCAUAUCUGCGUACAGCAUAGCUGUACAAAUAAGGACAGGACAUGUUUGGGAUGUGGAGGGGACUCGCCGGGCUGUCCACAUGUUGCUGUCUGCUGAUGCUGAUUCAUUUUUCGCCUCAAGCAGAUGCAGCCUUCACGUGCAGCUCCGCUCAGUUAAGGUGUGGAAAUGGGAGGUGUGUCACCCGCAGGUGGAUUUGUGAUGGAACUGACGAUUGUGGUGAUGGAACUGAUGAACUGCCUGCAACCUGUGCGACCAAAACAUGUCUGCAGUCAGAGUACAACUGCGGCGGUGCCACAAACCAGUGUGUACCGGUGGCCUGGCACUGUGACGGCAGAGUUGAAUGUGACAACGGAGCUGAUGAGAAAAACUGCACGACCAAACAAUGCAGCCCUGAUGAGUUUAGCUGUGCCAACGGCCAGUGUAUAUCCCCCACUUUCGUUUGCGACAGCGAAAACGACUGUUUAGACGGCUCAGAUGAGGCUUCCUGCCCCAAACCCAGCUGCACUUCUCAUUCCUUCCAGUGCAACAACUCAGUGUGUGUGCCGGAGUUAUGGCACUGCGAUGGAGACGAGGACUGUUCCGACGGGUCGGACGAGUGGCCGCAGAACUGCGUGGGACGGCAGCCUAAGAAGACAGCGGUGCCCUGCAGCGUCCACGAAUUCCAGUGUGCAAAUGGGGAGUGUGUCCGCAGCGGCUGGAAGUGUGACGGAGGCAAUGACUGUCAUGAUCGAUCAGACGAGGUCAACUGCAGUCGUCCUACUUGUCGCCCAGAUGAGUUCCAGUGUGAUGACGGUGCCUGUAUCCAUGGCAGUCAGCAAUGUGACCAACUGCCCGACUGCAGGGACUCCAGUGAUGAGAUGGGCUGCCACAUAGAAAAUACAUGUGAAGGCCCCACCAAGUUCAAGUGUGGCAGCGGGGAGUGUAUCAGCAUAGAGAAAGUGUGUGACAAACAGAGAGACUGCAGAGACCGGUCUGAUGAACCUGUCAAAGAGUGUGACAAAAAUGAGUGUUUGACUAGAACUGAUGGAUGCUCCCAAUUCUGCAACGACCUAAAGAUUGGCUACAACUGCUCCUGCCGUGCCGGAUACAGGCUGAAGAUGGACAAGAAAACCUGUGAAGACAUUGAUGAAUGUGGUGAGCCUGACACUUGCAGUCAGAUCUGCAUCAACCUGCCCGGCAGCUACAAGUGUGAUUGCAAAGAGGGCUACAAGAUCGACCCCGUGAGCAAGACAUGCAGGGCUGAAUCAGGCACUGUACCCACCCUCUACUUUACCAAUAGACACGAGGUGAGGAAGAUGACGGUGGACCGCAAAGAGUACGUCCGUCUGAUCCCCCAGCUGAAAAACGUGGUGGCUCUGGACAUGGACAUGCCUAACAAGAGGAUCUUCUGGUCUGACCUGUCUCUGAAGAAAAUCUACAGCUCCAACAUAGAUGUGGCCGGUAACUCCUCUUACCACACUGUAGUGAUUGACAGUGAGAUUGAGGCCCCAGAGGGCAUUGCGGUGGAUUGGAUCCAUGGCAACAUCUACUGGACUGACAGUGUCUUGAAGACUAUCUCUGUGGCAACGAUAGAUGGCAGCAAGAGGAAGACCCUGAUCACAAAAAACCUGGAUAAGCCAAGAUCCAUCACAGUCGACCCUGUAAAAAAUUUUAUGUACUGGACAGACUGGGGUGAGGAGGCCAAGAUAGAGAAGAGUGGGUUGAAUGGAGCGGAUCGCGUUGCCUUAGUGACCGAUAACAUCAUGUGGCCCAAUGGCAUCACCCUGGACAUGGUCAACCAGCGUCUGUACUGGGUGGACUCCAAGAUGCACACGUUGUCCAGCAUCGAUGUGAACGGAGGGACACGACACCGUCUAAUUUUCAGUGAGGAAAAGCUCUCCCACCCCCUCGCUGUUACUGUCUUUGAGGAGAAAGUCUUUUGGACAGACAUGAGCAACGUUGCUGUUUUUAGUGCCAACCGCCUGACGGGGAAGGACAUCACUCAGCUGGCAACGGACCUGAAUCAGCCAGAGGACAUCGUAAUGUACCACAACCUCAGGCAGCCAAUAGGUACAAACUGGUGCAGAGAGAGUAACAGUAUGAAUGGAGGAUGCGAGUUUCUGUGCCUCCCUGCCCCUGUGAUCAACGAGCACUCUCCUAAAUACACCUGCGCCUGUCCUGACCACAUGACCAUGGGACCUGACAUGAGGAAAUGUGUGACAGCAGCCUCAGUUGCCCCUCCUGCCGAAAACAAAACUGCUGCACCGCUCCUGCCUAAAGCUCCCACUAAGCCUGCUCCUCCCAGACGGCCUUCUCCUACCACUGCUACAACUACAACUACCACCAGAGCUACCUCAAAACCCACAACUAUCUCAGCUAGCCAGCCCACACAGCAGCCUGCCGCCACUGCUAAAGGUAACAGAUUGGCAGCCUUGCCCAAAGAAGCCCCCUCAUCCCACCCUGUUGCUCUCUAUGUUGUGUUGCCAAUACUGGUCAUGUCCCUGCUGGUCUUUGGAGCAGUCAUGCUGUGGAGACACUGGCGUCUGAAGAACACCAACACCAUACACUUUGACAAUCCAGUGUACCAGAAAACCACAGAGGACGAGCUACACAUCUGCAGGAACAACUCUGAAGGCUACGUUUAUCCUCAGAGGCAAAUGCUGAGCAUGGAGGACGAGGAUGUUGCUUGACCCAAAGAUAAAGAAGACACUAGCUUUAUUUAAAGUGAUAUCUUUAUGAUGAAAACAUGAACAAACAAAAGGCCAUUUAUUUUCUACUGCUGCUGCUUAUCAGCCUCUUGCCUUUCACCUCAAGUGAGCUCAUUUCGUGGCUUAUGUUUCUGACCGCAGAACUGUGCCGUCCAAGUCUGAAGAAAGAAAAAGAAAUAACGAUCUAUGAAACUUUAGUAUGAUAAAAUAGAGUAGAACUGCAGGAUGCCAUUUAGUCAGACCAAAAAAUGGUUUCUAAAUUAGGGACUAAUGCAUGGUUUCAGAAGAUGAUGCUCUAAAUCCCAGAGCCGUGACUCUUUUGUAGCUACCUGAACAAUAUCUUACUUUGCCACCAACACAUCGCCUCAUUUUGUUCAUUAAAUAUAUCGAUGCAUAAGUCACAAGUUCUGCAAGUUUGACUUGAAAAGCCUGACCUAUACUUUUUUAACACUCAUGUGUGCCUUCCAUCUCUACUCUGGUAAUUUAGUAAAGUUUAUUGGAUGUACAGUACAUAAAUGCCUUGCUGACCACGCUACCUUCCAAACCAGUUUCUGUGGUAGUUAAUGCUUUAAUGCUUUAGUGCUUUAGCUCCAGGCAGUGAACGCCUUCAUGAUUACACUGUGGCCUUGUCUUCUCCUGCAUACAGAGUUGUAUAUUUAGUUGGCUCCCAUAUCAGAGGCAUUUUUCUUAAUCAUCCAACAUGUCUCCAAUGUAGUUCCCAUUUAAAUCAGUACUGUUAUGUCGUGUAUGUUUUCCUUUAGUGACCCAUCUCCCAACGAGGGAGUGUGGAGAUGGUUUGCAUUGUAAAUGAAAAAGCUGCUGAGUUUUCUGAAGUCAACCAAAAAUGAAGAAAAUCUUCUAUUUUAAAUGAAGAUAAUGAGGUAAAAAGCCAUUUUAGGUGAUGACUUAUACCACUGUAAAUAAUUUCUGUAAGUAUUUUGUAAAACUCUUAAGUUCACUCUGGUGUUGCCUUUUUACAUUUGUAAAUUUUAAUCAAGAAAUGUACAUAUGUAAGAGAUUCUUUUAUUUAUUUAUGGAAAUAUAUGAGUAAAGGUUUUUGAUUGUGGUCAUCUGGCUGUAAAUACUGUAAUAGUUUAUGUUAGCAUCUACCACAGUGUAUUGUUAUUGUUCUAGCUAAGCCAGUCAAACCAUUACAUUGUACAGCGGUUUUUCUAACUUAUGUUCAAACAAGUUAUUUUACAUAAUUUAUUUUUGCUGUUACUAUGACUUUUGUUUUCACUGUGAGAUUAAGGCACAUACUGUCACAAAAUGUAUGUGUGGACAAGAAUUGUUGUGCAUAAACAUCCUGCCUGUUAAUGCACAUUGCUUUGUUCGUUUUUGGUUGUGUUGGUCUUUUUUAAAUAAAAUAAAAAUCAUCUUUUAAAA